UUGUUCAGGAUGAUAAAUGUGUCUUUUUCAGGGCUCUGUUCAGGCCUUCAUCAGUACCAAUUCAUUGAUGAACCAAAGACCUGGAGUGAAGCCCAACAGUACUGCAGAGAAAAGUUCACUGACCUGGCUACUGUGGACAACAUGGAAGACGUGGAUCAACUGAUUGCAGCUGCUGGCAGUGGCUACAGUGGAAAAGUAUGGAUUGGCCUGUAUGACAAUUCUAGCAGCUGGGCGUGGUCGAUGACAGAUGAUGGCUACUACGGAACCAACAAUCAGCCCUUUCUCAAGUGGUACAGUGAUCAACCAGGUGAUCGCAGAGAUGAGUGGAAGCUGUGUUCUAUGGCAAAGGAAGGUCUAUUAAUAAAUUACUUUUGUGUGCAAAUUAAUCUGACUGAACUUUCAAAAUUCUUGCCAGCUUCUUCUCCUCCAACAUAUGUCUUUAAGGCCUGGAGGAACCUGACGUGGGAGGAAGCUCAGAGCUACUGCAGGAAGUUCCACACAGACCUGGCCUCCAUCAGGAAUGAAGAAGAGAAGACACUGGUCCAGAAGGCCAUAACAGGAAAUCACACGGCACAGAGCAUGAAUUCAAAACCUGGUUGA